AUGUGGAACACUAUUGUCGGGAGGCACGCACACAAGACCAUCGCAGGAAGCUUGGGUAUCGCAACAGUCACUGCUCGUUUCGCACCUAUCGUCAUUUGGGCUACAGACAUUAUAGAUGCUGCCAAUGCAACAGUAAAGGCGAGGAAGAAGAAACGCAUUGUUUGUUUGAGCGAGCGAGUGUGUGUUACCGUGGAGAACAAGCAAAUGAGAGAAUCAAAUGAUAUAUUGGACUGCAGGUAUGUUGUUCGACGUUCGUCAUUGCGGAGUUUCAACAAUGCGAAUGCGGGGAUGCUACUUAUUUCCAGUAAUUACAAUCAAAUGCGUCGUACAUCAUGGCGCUGGCAGGGCAUCUGUGAGUUUCAUAACGAUCUGCAGUAUGAGUUUUCCAAAACUUGGCAUCACUAUGUUGCUCACCAGACUCGGACUCAUCUCGGCACUCUUUGCUAUCGCUUCAAGGACCGAUAUACGCAGGAACUCGCUAGGAUGUUGCUACGUGCAAAUUGGCUUGUAUGUCUCUGGAUAGCACGCCAAUCUGGAAAUCACUGAGUUUUAUCUUCUUUUUCUGUUCUUCUGAAGAUAAUUUAUCAUAGGAUGUCUCCGGUCUUGAGCUUGCCCACCCAGAAAAAUACAAUUGUGCCUCACUCGACCUCGCUUGGGGCUUCGCUG